AUGUUGAGUGAAAAACGUGUCUUAAAGACAAAUCAAGAUGCACUUGAGGAGAGAGGACACUGGGGAACCAAGGUGGAGUUUCUUCUGGCAGUUGCCGGGAAUAUUGUGGGCCUGGGCAAUGUGUGGAGGUUUCCCUACUUAUGCUACAAAAACGGAGGCGGUGCGUUCCUGGUGCCGUAUCUGGUGUUUGCGGUGACGUGUGGUGUACCGCUCUUCCUUAUGGAGACCACCACGGGCCAGCACACCCAAACGGGCGGCAUCACUUGCUGGAGGAAAAUAUGCCCGCUGGUUGAAGGUAUCGGCUAUGGGGGUCUGCUGAUCCAGCUGUACAGCUGCACGACCUACAUUAUUAUUCUGGCUUGGGCUCUGUUCUACCUGGUUUUCUCCUUCAACUCUCCACUGCCCUGGAGCACCUGUGAUAACUACUGGAACACUGCAGAUUGCGUUGAUAUUACAACGAAGAACCUCACCAACCACACCAAAGGAACCUCAGCAACAACAGAAUUCUGGGAGUUGUUGUUGAUUACCCUGUCCAGACGUCGCGUGUUGAAAAUCUCAGGGGGCAUUGAGGAGAUUGGCAGCAUCAGGUGGGAGGUGCUUCUGUGCCUCCUGGCUAUCUGGGUCAUUUGUUACUUCUGCAUCUGGAAAGGCGUAAAAUCAACUGGAAAGGUGGUGUACUUCACGGCCACGUUCCCUUACGUGAUGCUCCUCAUUCUUUUGAUCCGAGGACUCACUCUUCCAGGAGCCAGACAAGGAAUCGAGUUCUACCUUCUACCUGAGCUGUCGCGACUCACAGAUCCUCAAGUGUGGAUGGAUGCCGGCUCGCAGAUCUUCUUCUCAUAUAGCAUCGGUGGGGGCACCCAGGUAGUACUGGGCAGCUCCAACUUUCGCAGCAACAAUUGCUACAAGGACACCUUUUGGCUGUGUUUGCUGAACAGUGGUACCAGUGUGGUGGCAGGUUUUGCUGUCUUCUCUGUGCUGGGGUUCAUGGCUCAUGAGCAAGGUGUUCCAAUCGCAGAGGUAGCUGAGUCAGGUCCAGGCCUGGCGUUCAUUGCAUACCCUCAAGCGGUGGCCAUGAUGCCGCUGCCUCAAGUGUGGGCCAUCUGCUUCUUCAUCAUGCUCCUCUUCCUUGGCCUGGACACACAGUUUCUCGGCAUGGAGGUGGUGAUCACAUCCUUCUCAGACAUAUUUCCCAGAGUAUUACGUCGACCGGGCAGACGGGAAGGUUUCCUCCUGCUCUACUGCCUCACGUGUUUCUUCUUGCAGCUUGUCAUGAUCACUGAGGGAGGAAUGUACAUCUUCCAAAUUUUCGACUACUACGCUUGCAAUGGAGCCUGCAUCCUCUUUCUCUGUGUGUUUGAGAGCUUGACAGUGGGCUGGAUAUUUGGAGCAGACCGGAUGUGUGGCAUUAUCACAGACAUGACUGGCGAGCGUGCCAACCCGUUCUUCAAAAUCUGCUGGCGCUACUUGACCCCCAUGGUUUCUCUGGGCUCUUUGAUAUAUUCUCUAGUUGAAUACCAGCCACUGACAUUCAACCACUGGUAUGUGUACCCCACCUGGGCUUACGUAUUAGGCUGGAUGAUGGCCCUUUCCUCCAUCCUAAUGGUGCCGGGCUGGGCGCUGUACAAACUGAACACUGCCACCGGAACCUUCAGUCAGCGUCUCCAUCACCUGUGCUGGCCUGAGCCACCUGACUCCUCACUGUCCCUAAAGAGAGACACAGCACCACAUCACGGAGGAGGAUCUGGAAUGAUUCUGAGCUCGGAGCUUGUACCUUUUUGACCUCUCAUGACGCCACUCAUUAAAGUGUGCAAUGGGAAUGAGCCAACAACUGAAAUCCAAACAUAAACUCAAAUAUUUUGCUCUGGUUGUCAGAGUUAGGCAAACAUUUACUGCCUGAGGUCCCCAAGUCAAACAAACAAUUUGUUUGCUUUUAUGGCGGAUAUUAUUGACAUUAUGAUUCAUCAUGUCAUCAUUUGUUAUAACACAGUAUUGAUACACCAGAAUCUUAUACUGAUAUUGUUAUCUCUUCUGAAAGAUGUUUGGUACAUUAGUAUUAAA